UCCCAUAUGACUUUUUUAAAUAUCGCUCAAAAUUUUAAUAUCGAUAGAUUUAGCUUCUUAUAUCUCGAUCCUGGCGAAAUAUAUUUUGAAAGCUUUGCUGUAAUAUCUCAUCCUAAUGAUCAUGGACAGAAAAUUUUAAAUAAUGACAAGCAGAGGGGACAUCUGAGAUUGUGCUCAAAAUCAUUUAUAUAUGAGCCAGUUAAAUGUAAUUAUCCACUUUGCAAAGUUUUGUUUAAAAAUUGUGAAAAGAUAGAUAAAUGGCAAAAAAAUACAACUCUUUUUGCAAAAGCUGAAGAUGAAAAUAUUAUGCAUAUUAUAGCAAAUUAUACAAUAAAUAUUAAAGAAAAUAACAAGAUUGGUCCAUACAAAUUUACUAAAGGGAGGAAACAUUUUUUAUUUUCUUUAACAUAUGCAAAAUUAAAUGAAUUAUUGAUAUUUACUCAACAGUUAGCUCGAAGUUGUACAUUGAAUUCUAAUGAGCACUCAUUGAUGAUAACAACAAUUAUGGAUAGUAAACUCAAGCGCUCAAAUUUUGAAAUAAACUGGCUGGAUGAUCCAAUUAACGAGGAAAUUAAAUUACAAAUGGAUGCUUGUCAAAUAUUGCCAUUGGUAAUAGUGCCGGGUAGAAUUAUUCUGACAUCUCAUAAAUUAUACUAUCAACCAUUGCACAAUUUAAGUCAGGUACCGGAUUUCAAGAUUAGACUCUCCGAUAUAACUUCGAUAUUUAAACGACGCUUCAAAUUGAGGCAAAUAGGUGUAGAAAUUCAGUGCGAACAAGAUGUCACUUCCGGUUCCAACCCGGUUCAGUCCUUCAAACAUAUCUACCUUUCUUUCUCUUCCCAAUCCAAGAGAGAAUCUUUCCACAACAUAUUGACUUCUAUCGACACUGUACGAGCAAUAAACACGAACGCGGAAGAAAGCCUCCGCGAAUUCACGCAAGCCUGGAUGUCUGGCAGGAUGUCCAAUUACGAUUAUUUGCUUAAAUUGAACAGUCUAGCCGACAGAAGCUUUUACGAUCUGACUCAAUAUCCCGUAUUUCCUUGGGUCCUUUCCAAUUACACAUCUCGUUCAAUCGAUUUAACGGAUCCAAACAUUUAUAGGGAUCUAUCCAAACCUAUGGGAGCUCUAGAGUCUAAUAGAUUGAAUAGACUUAAAUCUAGAAUGAACGAAAUGCUUUCCGAUCUCCCUGACAUCUCUGUACCUCAUUCUUCUAAUGACCCAACUUGCGCCAAUCAAAUCCUCGCAAACAUCGAUAAAAUCAACCCCGAAAAGUCUUUGACUUUACCUAGAGGAGCCUUUCUAUACGGUUCUCACUAUUCUUGCCCAGGUUUCGUACUUUAUUACGCUAUUCGGUCCGUUCCGGAACAUUCGAUCUCUUUACUAUCCGGGAGGUUUGAUAGACCUGACCGGAUAUUCGAUAAUAUAGCUAGAACAUUUUCCAUGUGCAGUGGAUUGAGCUACAAGGAACAAAGUGUUUCCAUCGGUGAUUUUAAAGAGCUAACUCCUCAAUUUUACGAUUGCUCUUUGUUCGAAGGGGAAGACGAGAAAAAGGAUACCGAUUCUGAAUUUGAUUCGAUACUGCGCGGUAAUUCCCAAAUAAACCGAUUUGAUGAACAAUUUUUGAUCAAUUAUAUGAAAUUAGACUUGGGUAUUAAACAAGAUGGCCAAAGAGUGAACGAUGUCGUGUUACCCCCUUGGGCUUACGAGACUGAUACCCAAACACAGAAAGACGACCGCAGAUUUCUCCCCCCUCACCUCAAUUUCGUUCGCAUCAUGCGUUCCGCCCUCGAGUCAGAACACGUAUCCCGCCAUUUAAACGAUUGGAUAGAUUUGGUAUUCGGUUACAAGCAAAACGGUUACCAAGCAUUUUUAGCCGAUAAUUUGUUUCACCCUCUGACCUACGAAUCAAACAAUACGAACAUCUCACUGAACAUCUUAAAUCACUGCGAACCAGACAAUUUUUGGCAGGCAUACGGUGAAAACGAGAUACAUAAACGUCAAUCAGAGACUCAAAUAUUAGAAUUUGGUCAAACGCCUAAGCAAAUAUUUCUCUGCGCUCCCCACCCCCAAAAACAGGUUGUUGCGAAUGUUGACAGGCACGGAGCGGCGUUAAAUCUUAAAUCUCUUCAAAUGUCGUAUGUUCUCAAUGAUAAUACUGGCAAUCGAACCAUUUUGCUUCUACCCAAUAACCAAACUUCAUCGCGUCCGUUAUUCAGGAUCGAUAAAUUCAAUAAACCCGUAAAAUUUAUUAUGACCGAAAAUGUUGUUGAUGAACAUAAGGAAAAAUCUGUCAGUUAUAAUGACUAUGAUCCAGAACAUACUAUUGCUAAUACUGCCCAUCAAAACUGCCAAAUUCAUUGUACUUUGUCCGUUUUUGGUGAAACGCUGCACACGAUUAUAUCCCUAUCUCCUUCUCUAUUUUAUUUCCUCGAAAUAUACGUAGAUCGAGUGAUAAAUCAGAUAAUUCUUUUGGACGAUUUGAAUUCUCAUGCCAUGAUUGUCCAAUCAGAAGCCAAGAAAAAGAGGGCAAUCACUUGUUCCGUCGCCGAUUUUUUAAUGGUAGAGCAAUAUCGACCAAUCACGACAUCUCAGAAAAAUUAUAAGGGACCAAUCUUAUCUGAUAAUUACUUGGACUAUACGGAGGUGAUCAUAGGCAGAGGAUAUUCAGAUGGUAGCUUUGAAGUUCAAGAAACAACUUUAAAUGCUUCCCACCAUUCCAGAAUUUUUACGCAGGAAAUGGCCCAUGAACCUGGAAGCGAUAUAACCUGCAUGAGACUCUGUCACAUACCUUCACAUAAUGAUAUUCUUAGCAAAAUCGACAAAGGCUCUCUUCUUGCCAUCAAUGAUCUUGGCGAUAAAGCUGUUUAUUUGAUAACAGCUUCAUCCGACUACAGGAUCAAAUUUUGGCUCAGAACUUUUAGAAAGGACCACGCGCAACAUUUAACCUACAAAAUCGUCAACGAGAUUGACACGGAAAGACUACCCCUCGCCUUCGAUAUCACUUUCGUUCCUCCUCCUUCUGCCCCGAACCUAGAAAGGAAGCAAAAAAUAGAAAAUAUCAAGGGUUCUUCACAAAAUGGAAAUGAGGAUUGGGGAAUCUUUAAUAAUUUUUCAAUUAAAUCCGACAACGGAAAAUUGUGGGAUAUAGGAUGUAUCGAUAAAUAUUGCCUAUUGUAUCGAACAGGAGCUGAUACACCUUAUUCUGAAGAUUAUGAAUACGAAACAGGGAUAUUUGGUUGUUGGGAUAUUCUCGUGUGCAAUUUCGCUAAAUUAAUCACAGAUGUCAAAUCCCAUGAUAAAAGCACAAAAAUUCUUUUCUCGCCGAUUUUAGGUGAUAAUAAUACGCUACCAGUUUUUAACCUUUCUAAGCACCGCCGUAUUACCCGUAUCCUUUUGUUAUCCUGUUUAAUUGGGCAAUCGAUAAAUAUUUUAUCCGUUGGUGGUGUUAAUAAAAUUGAUGUCCGUCGACUAGUCGAUAAUUCCACUAGUAUAAAGGAUCCUGAAGACGAAAUUUCUAUUGUCCGAACUGUCGUAGUCGAGCUGUACCAUACAAAGGAUUCCGAUAAUUCUACCUUGUAUCUCGACGUAGAGGACAUUUCGAUACAAAAGUAUCGAAUUGUGUCUCACAAUGUUUUCACCAUAUCUUCGUCUGACCAUUUAACUAACCCCGCUUCUUACGAAUACAAUUUCAAUGUGUUGAAAGCAUACAAAAAUUUGGUUUUCUUAGGUACACAUUGUGGUAAAAUUUUAUGCAUCAACGCGUUUAAUCCCAUUCAAUGCCAUAUUUUUCCCGUAUCUAAAAAUUCCAUAAUGUCCUUAGAUGUUAUUUUGAAUGAUCAUUCAAGAUCGCUCAAUCUUCUUAUAAUAGAUGAUAGAUUAAGUUUUUAUCACACAGAACUACGCUUGAUUUGAAGAGGAAAAUAGAAAACGAAAUUCCAAUCCCCCCAUUUUUUUAAUAUUAGGAAUCCAAUUUUAAAAUGGUUUAAAAAAUAAUAUGAAUUAAUUAGAUUUAUUAUUCAGAUUCUAUAUAUAAUUUAUAAAUCGAACACCUACAUUUUUAGAAGAUUAUAUUGAAUUCCCUGUUUUAUAGAUAUAUUUUUAAAUAUUUUUUUUGAUAAGUUACUUAGCUUCGAAAAGGCCAACUUGAUUGGCCUCAUUGUAGAAUAUUCUUUUUAUAAAUAUGAUUUUUUUAAUGAAUUAUUUAAAACGGGUUAUUUAUAUGAAUAAAUUAUUUUUAUUUUAUAAUGUUAAAUUAAAUAACUUUCAAAUAAUUAUGUUAAUUUUAUAUCAUUAUUGUAUUUGUAAUGUAAUAUAGUAUAAUAUAGAUCUAUAAUAUAUAUUUUUUAUGCAAUAACUUCAUUGGCUAGCACAGAAAUAAUGUUGAAUAAUUCACACUUCUCUUGGAAAAUUAUAAUUUUUAUAAAUGAAAUUAGCUCCAAUACUCUUAGCUUUAUAACCUUUCUACUCCGGUGAAAAAAAUUACUUAGAUGUUCUAGUGGGGUUUAAUAAACUCAAUUUAAAAUGUU